AUGAUGCUUGUAAAUGAUCAAAUUGAAGGGAAAUUGGUCAACUCCGAUGUAGUAAUGUAUAACACAAUAAUUGAUGGUUUGUGUAAAGAUAAGCUUGUAAAUGAUGCUUAUGAGUUAUAUUCUGAAAUGAUUGCAGAGAAAAUUUCUCCUGAUGUUGCCACUUUCAAUUCUCUAAUAUAUGGAUUUUGCAUUAUUGGUCAAUUGAAAGAUGCAUUUGGUUUGUUCAGUCAAAUGGUAUUGAAAAACAUUAACCCGAGCGUGUAUACUUUUACCAUUUUGGUUGAUGGUCUAUGUAAGGAAGGAAAGAUGAAAGAAGCUAAAAGUGUGAUAGCUAUGAUGAUGAAAGAUGGUGUAUUACCGAAUGUUGUUACCUACACUUCAAUAAUGGAGGGAUAUUGCCUAGUUAAUGAAGUGAAUAAGACCAAACAUGUUUUCAGAACUAUUUCUCGAAUGGGAGUGGCUCCUAAUACUCAGAGCUAUAAUAUCAUGAUUAACGGAUUCUGUAAGAUUAAAAUAGUCAAUGAAGCCUUGAUUCUCUUUAAGGAAAUGUGUUGUAGAGGAAUUGUUCCUAUUACAGUUACUUACAGUUCUCUUAUUGAUGGUUUGUGCAAAUCUACUAUGCUUGGGAGUUUGUUGAUGAGAUGCAUGUUAAUGGUCAACCACCUGAUAUAUCCACUUACAGUUCUUUAUAUAGAUGCUUUAUGCAAAAGCAAUCAUCUUGACAAGGCUAUUGCAUUAGUGAAGAAAAUUAAAGACCAAGGCAUUCAAUCGGAUAUGUACACAUCCAAUAUACUUAUUGAUGGGUUAUGCAAAUGA